AUGUGCCGUAGAUCAGGGCAGCCAGGGCGCAUGAUGCGCAUAGCUGCGUGUCGGGCAGAGGAUCCUUCCGAGACCCCGCCUUCAGAUCUCACACCCAAUUGGGUGACUGAAGGGAUUUGGAAAGUGGAAAAUGUGGUCUACCCUCUCUUCAACAAAGCCUGGGCCAUCAAACAGUUCAUGGAGAUGGCAAGGCCCCCAGAGGAGUACAUCCUUGUCCUUGACUCAGACAUGCUCAUUCACAAGCCCUUCUUGCCCUCGAAUUUUGAGGUGGCGAAGGGCACGGCAGCGUCGGAAAACAUGGAUGAUCUGGAACGCAUUGCGCCGCUCUGGUUUGACUACACACUGCCAGUCCUGCAAAGCAUACAGAGGAAUGGACAGAUCGUUGAGACGAAGCAGUCACUGCAGCGCAGGGUCUGGUAUGCAGAAAUGCAUGCAUACACCCUGGGUGCAGCAAAGGAGGGCGUCCAUCACAUAGCCUCAAAUUCAUCUGUCUUCCACCUGGGUUAUUACCAUCCCCAUGGGAUGCCAAAUGCGCUGCACUAUGCCUGGGAGGCAACAGUGCCCGGCUCUGACUGGGCAUUCGAUAAGCACAAGCACAGGGACUUUGUGGCGGAGAAGUGCCCUCCCUGGGACCUGGAGGGCGGCCAGGAGGGCCUCUUCCCGCACCCACCUUCACCUUCCAAGCUUACCAGCAAGGGAGGGGAGCGGAUCAGAAAUCUGCUGAACAUUGAGGUGGUGGCCACCUUGAACAUGGCCUUCUGUGAGCUGCACCACAACAAGCUCUGCGGCGAGCAUGAACAGGCUAAGCAGGAGUGUGCAAAGGCAUCGAGGCUGGUGGAUGAGCUCCAGGAGGCAUGGGAAGAGAUUAGGGCAGAUACCGGCCUGACAUGCAUUGAUGUCCUGGUUGAUGUCAAAGUCUUUCCCAAACUAUCAUCUCAGUUCAAUGUGGAGUCGUAUGAGAUCCAGACACGCACUCUUAUGCCCGAGAACAGUCCAUGGAAGCCAGCUGGGGGAUCAAGCACGGAUGUGGAUGUGGGGAGCCUUCAGGAGUACACAGAGCAUGAAAUUAGAGGACGCGCUCAGAACAUCAGAGGGGCGAGCGAGUGGUCCAAGCCAAUCCGUGUCCUGACAAGGCGGAAAGCCGUCGAAGGCGGCUGUGACAGUGGGCUCUACAAGUGGACACAGACAAGGGGAGAAGUGGUCUUUCAGCUGGCGGUGCCCAUGGCUGUGAAGGGGAGGGAUAUCAAGGUGGUCAUAGUGACAUUGGAAAAGGAGAUGAUUGGGCUAUGGUGGACAUCUGCCUUGAAGGGGCAUGCUGAGAUUGACCUGCACACAGUGCCUGGCUAUGAUCCGCCACCGUUUGAUCCAAGCGUUUACAGGAUGUAG